GACAUUGUUUUGUUGGCUGAAAAUUAUGGUGCUACGAUAUGGUCUGUGUCGGUUCCGACAAUCAUUAAUAUUCUCCAGAAAAUGGAUGGUUAACUCAGUCCGAAGUCUUUGUGAUUCAGCAGAGGACAUACGGUACGAGAUCCGUAUGAUGAGGCGGUCAGACAUCCCAAGCCUCUACUCCCUACUGGCUGCAAACAAGUGGAACAUGGAGAUGUCUUACUUGGAGUGUGUAUUCAAUACUGACCCUACAGGAUUGGUAGUCGUGGUCAAGGACGACGGGGAAGUCAUAGGGCAUAAUGGAAUCCUUGUUCAUAGUGAGACAGUUGCGUCCUCAGGAAUGAAUAUUGUUAAGGAUGAGUAUCGGCAGUUGGGGAUCGGGAAGCAGAUGUUUCGGCAGGUAAUGAAAGUAAUGGGAGACCGGAAUGUAGGUGGAACUGCCCUUUCUAACAGGAUCACGUUCUACGCACAGUUUGGCUGGACCAUCAAGUCCUACACAUUUCACUACAACCAAGGACCCGUCAAUCCAGCGUUCAUUGCAGACGUUCCGGAGGGUGACUUCGAGGUUGUGAAUGCACGUGACAUCAAGUUCGAUGAUGUCAUUGAUUACGACUCUGAGAUACAUACUGUACCUAGACCAGUUUAUAUCAGUAACUGGGCUGAGCAUCAGUCUGCAAACACAUUCGUUGCUCUGAAAAAAGGGCGUGUUGUUGGAUAUGGGGUUCUUCGACCCUCAGAUAUUGGAUUCAAGAUGUAUCCACUGUAUGCUGAUGAUCCCAAAAUUGCUAAAGCCUUGUUCUGCAAGCUAGCAUCACAUAUACCUAACGGACAAGAUCUAAUUUUUACGCAGCCAACAGAUAAUUAUCAGGCCAAUGCAUUUGUAGCUGGUAACAAAUUAACAUCUUAUCUUUCUAUGACAAGACUUUAUAACAAGUGGAAUAUACCAGUGGAUAUCAAAAGAGUUUACUCGGUAUCCACUACAGAGUAUGGAAUCAUCUAGAAACCAU